CUUAAUGGGCUUCUCAAAGAAGAAGGAAGCCAGGGCUUUUUCUGGGAGCCAAAAAAGAAACAGCCCAAGAAAAUAGGAUAUCAGCACAAGACACAAUGUGAAAAGAAGAGAGGGAUGUGAAAGGAAAAGAAAAAUAGGGUGAGAGAGAGAAGUUGUGCAUUCAGCUAAGCUGCAAAAGGCUGGCUCGUCUUCCCUCCCCUCCCCGCCUUUCUCCACCCCCUGGAAAAGUGUUCUCUCUCUCUCCCUCUUUUCUCUCUCCCUCUCUCUGCAGCUGUGGUCUGCUGAGCGUCACCUCCACACAGCAAGUGCCUUUACUUGAGCAGAAGAGGGAGAAGGAAGAGGAGGGUAGCUGAGAGAGAGAGAGAGAGAGAAAGAGACAGAGAGAGAGAGAGAGAGAGACAGACAGAAAGAGAAAAAAGACCCAGGAGUGUGUCUGAACACACCAGAGGAGCAUCUCCCUGACUUCGCAGAGAGGGCUGAGAAGUGUACAGAGACAGACGGGCAGAGAGGCAGGCGGCAUUGGAGUAUCACAGCGCUGGUGGUGCUGGCAGAGCAUGCUGAGUGGAGACAGGGGAAUCCACUGGCGCUGUUGAUCCUGGUGUCCCUGGCAAAAGCUGCUUGAGCAAGAGACAGAAAACGGCGCAGCAGCCAGGAUCUCGCCAGGGGGGGGCUACAUUUUACAGCGACAACGAAGCGUGGAGACAGCUGAAACCUGCACGCGUACACAUACACACACACGCGCGCAUGCACACAGAAACACAACAAGGGAAAACACACAUGAACACAGCUGAGAGGGGAAGGACAGUCAGACACACGCUGCAUUUAAAAGAUUCACCACAACCCUGCUUUUUUCUUUUGAAACUUACAGGCUGAGAAACAGGAAAACAGCCACAAAAUGUUUUAUUUUCUUGUCCAGGGAUGGUGGAUGCUGGAGAGGAAAACUUCUGGAGAGGAAAAUCUCUUUUAAGCACGACUUACUGCAGAGGUUCUUCCACUAACUUUACCACUUUUUCUUUUUUCUUUUGUGGAGUUGGGGGUUUAAAUCCUCUAUCUGAGCACAACACAAAAUAACCUCUAUUCUUAGUUGCAGAAAUUGAGAGCAGUCUUUGUGACCAUUAAGAUGCUUCCUCCUGAUUCAGUCUCAGCAGUAAGUGGAUUAUGACGGCAAUAUUUUGGGAUUUCUCUUUUGCCUGAAAAAAGAAAAGACAAGAAAAAAGAAAAUAUAUCCAUGACUGGUGGAUUUACGCCUGUCAGAGAAGGAGAGGAUCCCGUGCGUUUUCUCCUCUCUCCUCCUGUGGAUUACAGAUGGGCUUUGUGAUCUCCCAGUGCAGUCUCAUGGAUGAUCGCUCGCUGCCAGUCAUUAGGAUAAAGUACAAAGAGGGACACAAGUGGCUUGGGCACAAGCGGAGAUUGAUUGAAGUGAUCUGUGUGAAUCCUAUUAAUGCAUCCUGGAUUCUCGCCAAGGUAGAAGCAAUGGAGGGGAACACUGCUGUCUAGCAGCACUAUCUGAUCUGCCUCCUCACUGGACAAACUGAGGACCCUUUCCACCCCCCACCCCCCCUCUUCAACAACACUCCUCCUUCUCCUCCUCCUCCCCCUCCUCUCAGCCAGGCAAGGAUGGUACCCCCACCUCCCACCAACAAGCCCCACGUGUGCCUGUCCACCAUCCUGAUCAUGAGCAGUAUGGCGCUGAUUGAUGCCUACCUGGUGGAGCAGAACCAUGGACCACGCAAGAUCGGCAUUUGCAUCAUGGUGAUGGUGGGAGACAUCUGCUUUCUCAUCGUCUUGCGCUACGUAGCGGUGUGGGUGGGCGCUGAGGUGCGCACGGCUAAGCGAGGCUACGCCAUGAUCCUCUGGUUCCUUUACAUCUUCGUUCUGGAGAUCAAGGUCUACUUUGUGUAUCAAAACUACAAGGCGGACCGGAAGAGCUUGGACGCUCUUGCGAGGAAGGCGCUCACGUUGCUGCUCUCCAUCUGCAUUCCAGUGCUGUUUGUGGUGCUGGUCGCUAUCGACCAUAUGGAGUACGUACGCGCCUUCAAGAAGCGCGAGGAGAUCCGUAACCGUCUCUUCUGGGUGGUGGUGGACUUGCUGGACAUAUUGGACAUCCAAGCCAACUUGUGGGAGCCUCAAAAGAAGGGGCUCCCUCUGUGGGCGGAAGGCCUGAUGUUCUUCUACUGCUACAUUCUUCUGCUGGUGCUGCCCUGCGUGUCCUUGAGCGAGAUCAGCAUGCAGGGCAUCAACAUCGUGCCACACAAGAUGCUGCUGUACCCCAUCCUCAGCCUGGUGACCAUCAACAUCAUCACACUCUUCAUCCGCGGCGGGAACAUGAUUCUGUACAGGGACGCCAGGGUAUCCGGGAUCCUGAUAGGAAAGAACGUCCUGGCCAUCAUCCUAAAGACCUGCAGCUUUGUGCAGUACAGGAGACAGUUGCAGAACGCUCCUCCUGCCUUCGGGGUUGAGAUGCAGAAAAACUCGGUGGCCCACGCUCGCCCUGCCCCCACCCCACCUCAAGUGGUCAUGCAGGACCAGACGCCCCUCCCCGAGGUGACGACGUGCGAGCACACAUGACAGAAUGGUGAGGUGAAUCCUGGAAAUGUCGAUAUGAAUAUAUAUGACCCUCAGGACGCUGGCAGGGCACAAUGUUCCACACCUUUAGGGCAUGUGAACACUCAUGUGAACACACAGGAGAUCAUGAUCUCUGCUGAUGCUUAAUGGCACACAGGACACACUGCAGACACUUAGCAAGGAUAGAGCAGCGCUGUAUCCAAAGCUUUCAUGGUGCAAAAUACAGUAUCACUUGUGACUUUGUUGAAGCACCCCCCCCCCCCCCCAGUGAAUCCAGUUAACUGUGUAUUUUUUCUAAUUGUACAAAAGAAAAAAGGAAACUACUGGAAGAUUAGAGGAUAUAUUUUUGAAUUGUGUGUGUUGCAUUCUGAUGUUAACCUUAAGGGUCUGUGUGCUGUGGUGUGUAUUUCUGUUGCUCGAAUGUUCGUAGUAGUCGAGGGCUUUAACACGACAAAGUCAGAGGGAGCAACCGAUGAGAGAAUCAAAGCAAUGAGAAUGAAAACGACGGUUAAAGCUUUCCCUUGAAAGACGUGUGUUUUUAUAUGUGAUUCUUUGAUAAAGUAUUGUGUACAAGAUAAAGGCUUUCCUGCUCUUUCACUGGCUGUAAAAGGGUUUUUCAUGAAAUCAUUUAAAAAUGAUUGGAUCGAUUGAUUAUGUUUCACUUUCUAAUUAAAAUUCAGCAAAUGUCCUUUAAUUAACCUGGGUUACAAAAGAAAAUAGACAAUGAUUUUUUUUCACUAUGGUUCAAUCUUCAAUUAGAGACUGUUUAAUUACUGAAGUGGUGCCUUUGCAAUGUCAUUCAUUGUGAGAGAGAUCGUCGUCACGUACCAGGUUUCUUAGGUGAAGAACAUGUGAAUAAAUCCUCUGUGCAGUUACGAGGAGUUUGAUUGCUGCAAAGGCUGACUAUGGUGCUCCAGCAAUGAGACAGAAUACACAACCGAGGGGCAACACUGCAGAAUGAUUCCCAAAUAAGGAAGCCUGUUAAAGAUCAUCCUGAGGCGUGCAGUGACAUUCUGUGCAGGUGAUUAUUGGCAGCAGAAGUUCAGUACUACUAUAAUAUGAAAGAAAAAAAGAAAGAAAAUUAAUUGCACUCACACAAAAAGGCCUCUUUUACAAUAGGUUCCUUUUCUUGUACAGUCUUUGCAUAAUCUCUCUCUCACCAGUGACUGCUUGCAUAAUUUAAAGCUGUCCAUGUUUGUUAAAAGCCUGAGAGUGCAGAACGUGGUCCAAUAUUUUCAUCUGUGUAAGGCACGGCUAAGGGAAGGUAGCAACUUUCAGUGGCACAAACCAGGCUAUCACAUUAAAAGUGCUGUAGCCAGCAUUAUUUGUCAGUGUUGUUGGCUGGUAAAGUUACAUCAGCAAUUUAGACUAUAUAAUAUACCACUGGAUUGUAUUGUUUUAACAGCAAUGAAAGGAAAACAAUCAUCCUUUAGAGUUAAACGGAAUGUGCUGAAUAUAGUUGUAUUUGAUUGUGUCGGUGACAGUGUUAAAACGGAGUCAUUCUAGUGUGCUCAACAAUAUAAAAGGUUUGCAUAGCUUGUGCACAGUGCUGUCACAGGCCUUAUAGAAGCUGGUACUGAAACCAUUAUAAACUCAAAGCAUUCUAUUGUUACAAAGGACACAACACAUUAAUAAUCAAAAUAGUCUGAUCCCACAAGGCCAUUCUCUCUCAAGUGAACGAAACAGUAGAUGGUGGAUAGGUCAUGUUUGCUGGAACGCAGACAAUGUGCUGAGAGAAUGACUUCUACGGUUGCAACUCAACCAGCAGCACCAGUUUUAUUUAAGGAGCAGGACUGCUGCUGCCUAAUUGCAAACUACAUUCAUGUGCACAGACAGGGUCAGAGAAGGGCUUACAUCUAUCGCAGCACGCAAGGUGUAUGGAGGGCAGAGAAACACCCUGGAGCGUCCAGGGGUCGACUGCAGACCUAACAAAGAAACACGUACACUCCUUCUGAUGUUAUUUGAGUCUGGAGUUCAUGUGACCUGCAUGUAUUUCGGCCGUGUGGGGAGGGAGAAGCAUCUCUGGGAAACAGCUGGACACAAAGACAACUGAUGCGAUGAUCCAAACCUGAGUCCUUCUCGCCGCGAUGUGACACACUGUGUAAAACAGCUACUUUACACGAGUAUGAUGGGUGUUUUGCCAUGAGUGCGACCAUAUGAUGCGCUAUAGUCACACACCAAAACCAGAUGGCUGAAGAAGUGAUAAUGAGCUCAUUCUGGCUCAAUCCAAAAGCCUUUCCUCUCUGUACAGUAUGUUGAUUCUUAAGUCAAACAUAAGCACAAGUUUAUGAUCAUGAACUGUAUUGAUUACUCUAUUAUUAUCUCUGAUCUUGACAUAUUCAGCAAAAAUAUAUAUAUGAAGUGUUUAUCGGUAUUUGUUUAAUCUGUAUUUCCUUGUAAUAUCAACUAACCAGUUAUCUCAUCCGACUAGAGUUCAUGUCUAUUUGUUUCUAUCAUGUGCAAAUGCUUUUUAAGAACUAAAAGAUGAUCGACUCCUCCGGAGCCCACAAGUUUGCCUUUGGGCACUCUCCCAACCCAAUCUCACCGCACCCUCCCACCCCAUCCCACAUCACCCUUUCCGCACUGCCAGAUCCUGAAUGAAUGUUGCAUUCAUCCAGAUGACCAUGUUUUUUUGCACUGCAGUCUCCAAUGAUAAUAAACUGGGAAGGCUGUUGGAUGCACCUCCACACUUACCACAUUAACACUGACAAAGUGGCCUGCGCCAAACAAGCAAGACAAACGGCUGCAUUCAAUUCACAGCUCGACCUUCGGCAGUCUUGGAUGGCAACAGAGCAGGGAAACAAAUGUAUUUUUCAUGGAAGGUAUGUAAGAGCACGAGGGGAGCAAACCUGUACAGAAAAUGAAUGCUCAUUGAGUAUUGAUUCUCCUAUCUGGAGGGUAACUGAUAUUAGACUCUAAAAGCCCACUUUCUAAAAACAAAUAACAACAGGGAUUUUUGUUAGAGGAAGCAGAGGGAAAAAAAUGGGAUGCUGCUGCACUGAAUGUAUUUAAUGGUUCUCUGUAAAGCUAUAACUUAAAGCUCUGCGAAUCCUUCACAUGAAAAUUAAUGUUUCAAUCUAAAGUUUAGAUGCUGUGCACAUGAGUGAAGCAAAGAAAGGGUCAAAAAGUUAUUCUGCAGAGUGCGGCUCAUCUGAUUCCUGAUAAACAUAUGAUACGUUCACACAUUUUCCAAGGACAUGCACAUUAGCUCUGGGCCACAUUCAACAUCCUUCAACAGCUGCAAUUAUCUUUUCCUGCGUCAAAACACUUGUGCAAUUUAUCUAUUUUUUUCCCCCGGCACAACCAAUCACCAAAUUACCGCCAGUGUAAUCAGAAGGGGUAUUCCUCACAUUCACCCCUUAGACACGCAUGUAUGCAUUUUAUGAGAGCAGAUGCGAGAGCAGAGUAGCUCUUCACAGUGCCUCUGUAGCAGGGAUGGCUUCCCUAUCUUCCUCAUGCACAGUUCAGCGAGGAUUAACAACAACUGUGAAGUGUGAACCCGACGGAGGAUCAAGCCUGUGACUCGCAGAUAGAGUACGAUCUCUCUAAUAAUCAGGUCACUCUGCUGGACUGCCAGCAACUUUCAGACGACUCAACAGGGAACCCAGGUGUUGGAGAUGAGAGCGGGUGGCUCAGAGCGCUGAGAAGUGCUGAACGUAAGUGUGAAUUAUGGAGAGGUGUUUCAAUAUUUAAACUUGAUGGCAGUUUUCUAGCAAUUUUUCAUUUAAACCCAAGGAGUUCUGUGAGAUUUCUAUCAGGCGUUGUUGACCUAUAAAAGAUUCAAAUGGAUUCUGAUUCUCUCUGUUGUCUGCUUAUAUGUACAGGUAUUAGUCAAAGUCCCUGAAGGCCAAAAGAAACAUAUGCUCUGUAUAAUACCUAUUGUUAAAGGAAAUGUCUGUGACUGUGGUUUCAUUUCUAUUCCUAAGGAUUUGUUAUUCACUAUGACUAAAAAAAGAAUAUAAAAUGACUUGUGAAAAAAAUACAGUACACAGUAAGAGGUUUUCCAUUCUUUAUUUACCUUGGUUCAUUAUUAAAGCAACAAAAGGUUUCACCGUGCGGCAGGAAGCAUGGUGACAGCUCCACCUCCUGCAGUUGGUCAAGUUCGCUCUGCAACACCUGUCACUCAUUUUGAUGAGCUGUCUACCUUGAAACAGCAUCUAGCCCAAGGCUGAGGGAGCCGCCGUCAAAAAAGCCACCACAAGCGUUAAUAAUGAAACAGAUGGUGGUGGCAGGCAAAUUUGAAGAGAAACAGCAAUGAGUUCUUUUCUCCGUCCACCAUUGUUGCUGCGACCUCCCUGUGUUACACGGCCAACAAGCGGCCCACAGCAAAUGGAUUUCAGCCCAAACUGCGUUGGAUUUCGUUUAAAAGCCGGUUGCAGACAAACGGAGAGGGUGCAUUAAGGUUAGCCGAGCCAGUGUGAUAUAUGCUGCCGGGUAGAGUUUUAAUAGAGGAUGUUUUCUCAUGUUUGUUAUUAUGUUGGUAGCUCUUACUUUAUCACAUUUGUAAUACUGUAGUUGCAUUGGUGAGGGACAGUAUGGGAAAGACUGUGUUAUUUGUCAUUCUAAUGAGGUAAACCUCGGUGUUAUAAUUUUUCCACAGUAUGCCCCCGGCAUAACAGUGACUACAGCCUCGUAACUGCACAGAUAUGACUACGCAUUCAUUGUUGUUUCGGGGCAGUUCUCAGCUGGGUCCUGAAAGAUUAAAUGGAUCCUCACAGAGGAGGUGAGAUGUCCCUUACAAUGAAUACUGGAGCAAUACUGGGCAAACAAACUGAUACUGUGUCAUGCAACAGUUAGUAUUUGAUUUAAAAUGUCUGUUAAUGUACCCAAGUUCAAUUUUAACUGUGACGAUAUGUGGUGGGUUUUUAGGAAUGUCAGUCAUUGAGCAUCUGCCCGAGAAAAAGUUAAAUGUUUUAGUCAGUUGUAUUUUCGGCAGGAGCAAGAAGUGUUUAACAAGGAAACUUUCCACGGUAGAGAGAAGCUGAACAUUAACAUACAUUGAUACAUUGUUAUCUUGAGCUGUUUCUGGUUUAAAACAUUGCUGAUUUGUAUUUGACAGGCUGUCAAAUGAUCUGUAAACUGAGCUAAUUCCCGUGCAUGAUUUUAGUGGUGAGGAAGCACAUCUCAACUAUUCCUUAAGACAGAAGGAAAAUCUAAUCACACGUGCUAACACUUUGAAUGAAUCUCCAUCUAAUAAGCCUGCUGUCAUUUAAAAUGUCAGCAAAUAUUUUGCUGACAGAUGUGUUUGCCACUCCAAAUGCGUGGUCCAUCACUGUGACCCAGUACAUGAGCCUGUUCUGCAUAUUAAUUUUACUGAUGUAAACCUUUUUAUGAAAAGUAGGUGCAUCAUACAAAUAUCGCUGACUGGAACAGUAAAUGUCCUGUAGAUGCAGAAAGAACAGCUUUCAUUUCUUAACCUUGUCUCACACAAACAGACGAGACUACUGUAUGAUACAGCCUGCGUCGUUAUCAGUAAUAAAACCUGUGCUUUUUCUACAACAACUCAAAAUGUCUGCUGUGAGAAAGGCCUAUUAAGUGGAGUUGGAUAUAGAAUCCAAAAUGUUUCCUGUCAUCUUUUUUCAGCGGAACAUUACUGUGGCCGUCGCGUUUUCAACCAACUCCUGGGACGUUAAGUACCGUCCUGUCUACAUCAGUUGGCAAGAUCGGUAGUUGUCAUCUAGAAAUGUUGUGUCUGCUUGUGUUUGCCUCUAUCUGAAAUCAAGGAAGAAAUAUUAAGUAUUUAGAGUGGUAAAUCUACCUCUGUUAUCAUUGUAAAUUUCAGAAUGGACAGCUCGAGAGGUGCAGCAGCAGUAACUGUGGGGGGCAGUUACACCUGUACUUUUCCUGAUUUGAAUCAGGCCUACAGACACCCACUCUGCUGCUCAACACAGUUUAUACACAAUGUCACUUUGUUCUUAUUGUUUUCAGCCUGCCCAUAGACUUUAUGGAUGAGUCCCCAGGCUCGCAUCUAACCCCAUUAGCUCUUUCCACAAAAUGUGGUCGGAUAAGCCGAGUGAACCUGUCCAGCAGAAAACAGCUGAAAUAAACUGGCGGCUGGUGAAGAAAGUCUAUCAUCUAAAGACCCAGAUAUUUUUUAUCAUGAGCAUGUGAAGACCAAAACAGACGUAAAAGGUCAGUGAUUAUUGGACUGCACAUCGACCUCCAUGCCCUUAAUUUCACUGCACUCUUGUAUUUGAACAAUGAAAAGGCAAUUUCUCAUUUCUUAAUAACUGCAGGAUUUUUCUUUUUUAGUUUCUUUUUUAUUUUAUCUUUUACAAAGGGUUUGUAAGCCACGUAAAAUCACAUCAGUAGCGAUAAUCAAACUGUGACAGGAAUCAAUAGAGGAGCAGUAAUUCAGAGUGUUUGAGUGUUUGAGCCUGGUGCUUUUGUUCAACCAAUCACUGUUAAAAACUGAUUACCAGUUCUCACUGGGCCAAUCCACCUCACCCAUGAACCCCAAUUACAUAGUGAUGCCUCUUUCACCCGGGAGCCAGUGAUUUGUGGAGCGGAUUGAAUAAAUAAUAACAAAAGAAAAUGGGUGUUUUGUUGAAUUUUGCUAAAACCCCCUUGAGUAGAGUAUUUAAAUACAUUCUCAAAUUAAAUUUAAUAGCAUAUAAUGGCUGUAGUAUAAAUAGGACAAGCACCGUGAGAAUUGGUUGCAGUUUGUGGGCUGACUGUGUUUAUUCCCUUUGUCUCACACUGGGUUUUGGUGUGAAAUGCGCAGGACUUGACAUAAAGCACAGAGGCAGAGAGCAUCAUCCAAAGUGGACUGACCAACUCGCCGUGUUCACACGCGAACAAACAGACACUGUCCAGAUGCUCGGCAGCUCUACAGCUGCUGCUUAUUAAUAAUCAGAAGAAGCACAUCACUCAGCACUGUUGUCCAAACCUGCAUGAAUCCAAGCUGCUCUGUUUCCACGCAGGCUUCAGGAGGUGAUGUUAGCUGACAUUAGCUCUGUGUGAGAUCUUUGAUGAAUGAACUGAGCGACCUUGGCUUCUGAUGAAUCUUGUCAAAAAUGUGAAAAACUUGCAAAUUAUUCAUGUUACACCAUUCCUCUGUUAUUAUUUCAGCCAUACUUUUUAUUUCUACAUCACCCUACCAGUUAGGGAUUCAAGGGACUCACCAAGUCAAAAAAAAGUUUUGUUUCUUUCUUCAAGUAGUUUUAUUCUACUGUUGUGUCAAUGGAGUAAUUUUUCUUUGGAGUAAUGUAGAUAUCAAUAAAUAUAUUUUUGAA